GAUGGCGGACCAUGCUCAGAAGCUUGAAUCCGUGGCUGCUUUGGACGGGACAAUCAAAGUGAAGGUCAAGGAUCGCGAGGAACCCUACCUUGUCCCAGCGGUGGUACUCGCACUGAGCUCCGACGUCUGGAAGGCGUCCUUGGCCGGCGAGUUUAAGGAGAGUCUCACGAAGGAGCUGCAUCUUCCUGACGUCAGUGAUUCGACCUUCUGCAUUCUCUUGGAGUUUCUUCUCCCAUCAGCUGGUGCGGACGGCGUCGUGACAGACGCAAAUGUCUAUGCGCUUACUGAGGUGUCUGUGAAGUAUGCCUUGGCCGGAUUGAAAAGCAAAUGUGUAAAGCACCUGAAAGCCAUGUACAUGAACAAACGCAACGUCGAGAAACGUCUGUACCCGGCGUUCAAAUUUCAGGAGGAUACAGAGACAUCCUUCUUCCGUGAUGACUUAGACAAAUGCAAGCGCUACCUCAUGGACAAUUACAUAGAGCAGGAUGCUUGCGGCAUUCUGCGAAAAGUCCAGGGUCUCAUUCAGGAGGAUGCUGCGGAGAUGUCCUUUACAUCUACGGCUCUGACGCAGCAGUUCAUGGAACUCAUCUGGGAAGUGGUGGGUUCCCAAGCAUCACGUGCAAAGCGUGCGAGAACUCAGUACUGGGAAGACCACCACGGUUGGGCUGGGAUUGCUGGUAUCCCACCAAAUGACAAGGAUCGGCUUCGUGACAAAGUGAGAUCGAAUUUUCCAGAGGUUCACGCUUACUUUGGCUGA